AAUGCUCUGUUAGCACAACUAUAUUUUUAUGUGAAUCGUAAGCGCAUAAACUUUUCUUCUUCUUUUUUUCUUUGGUUCGAUUGUUGAUGGUGUGAGCACAAUUAACUAAUCCCUGUUGUGUUCUCUCGUUUCCAUUCAUGCGAAGAAGAAGAAGAAGAAGGCGUUAUUGUUCUCGUUGUUAUCGUUGUUUGUUGUUUGUUCGUAAUAUAAAUACACCACCACCUAAAACCCAUUCCUCGAUGUCCAAACAUCCCCAUUCCUACUGAGAAGCUAAUCCAACAACACCACCGCCAAUUCGAAUUAACCAACGGCGCUGCAAUCGGCAGAUGAGCGACGGCGAUCGCGGCCCCGCGAUGACAACCACGGCCGUUGGCCUCUGCCUCCUCCCGGCGGAGCUCCUCCAGGAGAUCUUCUUCCGCCUGGCCCUGCCGGACCUCUUCCGCCUCCGGUCCGUCUCCAGGGACCUCGGUUCCCUCGUCUCCGGCGGUGACUUCCGCCGCCUGUACAACCUGCGCUCCGGCCGCGGCGGCGGAUGGCUCUUCGUCUACAAGAAGCGGCCCCCCCGCGACUCCGUACUCCGUGGCUUCAACGACCGAUCCGGCCGGUGGUUCCAUAUACCGGUGGCCGGGAUCCUCGCGCCGGCUGUGCCCCCCGGUGAGGACCUCUACUUCCUGGCGGCUUCCGGCGGGCUCUUCCUCUUCGCUUCAAACGGCCGCCGCGAGCUCCUCGUGGUCAACCUGGCCACCCGCGCGGUGCGGCGGAUUCCGCCCAGCCCGCUCGGGCCGCGCGGCACUUCCUCGUGGAGGCGGGCCGGAUUGAAGCUGGUGGCCGACCCCUACGGCGCCGAUCGCUUCCGCUUCCUCUUCGCCGAGAUGGUCGGCAACCGCCCCGUGCUUUUCGAGUACAGCUCCGACGUGGACGCCUGGCGCGCGAUCCAGGCGAGCGAGGGCGCCACGGGAGGCGGGAGCGUCGGCGGCAGGGACGUAUGCCUGAACCUGGUUCACAUCGGGGGCGAGAGCGUGGUGCUGUCGUGCGCAGGCAAGGGAGGGGGAAGAGAUGAGCGGCCGCCGCCGGUCGCUCACAGGCCGAGGUUUCCGGAAGGUUUCCAGGGGGGGCCGCCGGUGGGGAUGACGACGAGCGACCGGUUCCACGUGUACGGCGACGGGAACGUGGCGGUGGUGCGGUCGGCAGCGGCGGAUGUGGCGGGCGGCGGCGGCAGCAGCGCCACCACACGGGCGCGGGUGGUGACGAGCGUGCAGCUGCUGGGGCUGAGCGAGAUCGGGAGUGAGUGGGAGCUGACGUCGACGGCACCGGCGGCGGUGGUGGAGGAGGCGUUGAGGAGGCGGCCGUACGGGGUGAUGAUGGGGUGCGUGGUGGAGCGAGAAGGGGUGGUGGGGAUCGUGCUCAUGUCCAACUGCAGGGGGUCGUGGGGCCUGGCAUGGCUCUCCUACCACCGAGCUCAAAGGAAGUGGGCGUGCGUCCCCGUGCCCGACUGCGGGACCAAAGGCCUCAACAUGGCCGGCAUCGCCCUCUCCUCCACCUUCUCCCGGUCACUUUGGCCUUCCCUCUGCUCCUCCUCGUCCUCCUCUCCAAGCGAGCAAGCAGAUUGAUUGCAUCGACAACAACUUAGCUUUUCCACAAGAAGAGUAUUACAAGCAUGAUCAUCACAACGAUAAUUAUAUCCCCAUUCUUCC